AUGUCAAAGCUGUCCAGAUCAUUUGGUCAAUUUCAGAAGCACAAAUGUGAGUUCAAAAAGUCGGCCAUCUACUGCUACUGUACUUAUGAUAUGUGCAACAUGGCUCCGGUUAUAGUACAGGCAUUUAUUCAUCGUCAUUUGGCGAGACCUAUCAAAGAUCUCUGUCAAACACCUGACGAAAACUGCUACAAGAAUCUCUCCUGCUAUUUGGAAAAAAGUGAUUAUUUCAAGCUACACCCUACUCCAAAACGGAAAGAAGCUCAACCUACUACAAAACCGAAGCAGGUGAGUAACAAAGCAACAGCGACAAAGGGGAGGCAAGCAACCGCAACAAGGAUGGCAAAAGGGAAGGCGGUAUCGUAG